AAAAGUUUUUAUUUAUACUUUUAGAUCAACGAAUUAACAAUAAAAAUAAAUGAUAUCAAGGGCAAGUUUGUUAAACCAUCAUUGAAAAAAGUAUCAAAAACUGAACAAAAGUAUGUGACGAAAAUUUUUAUAUAAAUAAUAUUAUCUGAAAGUUUUGAUAAACACAUUGUUUCGAUUGUAGAUUGAAUAAAAUUAAAAAACCAAAAGAAGAAGAACCGGAUUUUGUUUCAAUGGCUAAUUUGAAAAAGAGUGAGAAAAAUAAAUUUGCACUUAAAGAAGAAAAAGAAGAAGAUAAAGUUAAUUUUCGUGAUCAAGUGCAAUUAAAAUCAGCCAAAGAACAUAAAGAAGAAGAAGCUUAG